AUGACAUGUUGUAAGAACACGUUGUCGUUAGACUUAUACCCAAGAGAUAUCUUACAACAAAUUGUAUUCAAGGCAGGUGCCAGCAACCUCAUUGAGCUUCUAAGUAGUAAGGAAUUCUUGCAACAGAACCCAAAUCUCAAGCUGGCUAUUGAUUAUGAAAUGACAGAGAACUCUUACACUUACGAUAACAGAUCAGCAAAACCAAACAGAUUAAUCUAUUGGACGUCAAUCAAAAAGGUGAAUACAUCAGAUUUCAAGAAUUCGAAAGAGUUCGAAGAGUUCUAUGAUUAUUGCGUAAGAGCGUCAACAGAAACGCAAAUGAACCUUUAUUACAAGGUGGAAUUUGCCCCCGAUUUUCUCGAAUUACUCGGCUUGCUUCAAAACUUGAAGUCUAGCAACUCAGUAAAGUUGUUCUUGAAUUUGGACUUUACGAGCUGUCACUUACACUUUGUCGACUUGACUCAAUUGUUUGCUUCCAUGAGCCACUUGAAAGAUUGCCUCAUUGGGUUCUCUAUCACUGGUGGAUAUAUGACAAAUUUUAAAGGAAUUAUAGAUUUGGAGGAACUAAGAGAUGUGGAGGAAUUGAGUAUUAGUGGUUGCAAAGUUAGUGGCUCAUUCUCAAGAUGUCGAAAAUUGCAGAAGCUCUCCUUUGUACCAAUCGAUGGGGAUAAGAGCCUAUUUGAUAUAUUAGAGCUUCCAUGUUCUUUAAAGUGCCUCGAAUUUACUGAUUAUAGUGCAUCUGAGCCAAGAUCACAUGAUGGAGCCACGUUUCCUUGUCUUGAUAGUAUCUCAAUUUGCUGCUUUGAGGAUCCUUUGCCAAUUUUGGUGAGUGAUGUCAUUCGUUUAAUGACUGGUCCUAAUACUCAGAAUAUAGAAUACUCGUAUGAAAGUGACGACUGUGUUGAUGAUUUUAUUCUGUUAGUAAAAGAGGCUUCUAAAGUAAAAGGUUUCACAUUGAAGAGAUUGUCUAUUGAAGGUCAUCUUUCGAAACCAAUCGACAUAUAUCCCUCAGAGCUGUUUGAAUUACUUUAUGCCGAUGAUGAAAAAGUAACUGGCCAGUUGCAAUUGCCUUCCACUUUGAAAAAAUUGUCUAUGGGAGAUGAUUACGGCUUUAACCCACAGAUCAUAAAACAUCUUCCUCCUCGGUUAGACUAUUUGCGUUUGAUGAAUAAAGGAGGAAGUUGGGACAAUGUAUACACUGGCUUUCCCAUGACGCUAAAAUGUUUAGAGUUGCCUCGUACGGGCAUUAAAGAUGUCGUUGGAUUUGCUUUCCCCCAAACGCUUGAGGAAUUAGAUUUGUCUAGUAAUGAAAUUGAAUCCAUUGAAGGUGUUGCAUUUCCUAGAUGCUUACAAAGUUUGAAUUUGAGCUUCAAUGAGAUUAAAGAAGUAUCUGGAGUGAAAUUUCCUGUGACAUUGAAGCAGCUCAAUCUCUUAGGCAACCCUAUUGAAAGUGUUGAUUUACUGCAUAAUGAAUUUUUUGAGACAUUACGCGUUGAAACUUUAUACAUUGGAUGCAAACACCCUGGUAAUCUAUCCUACAAUUUACCGAAUACAUUGCAAGAUCUUCAUUUCAAUCUUUGCGAAAAUUUAUGUCAGGAAUUUUGUGGGAACUUAGUCAGCAUUCGACUAGAUUCAUGCCUGUUGAGUUCGGGUGAGCUUUUUAAGAAGCAGUCAAAAUUGCGAUAUUUGAGCAUCUCCAAUUGUCGCUUGGUUGAUGUAAGUGUCAAUUAUCCACAGUCAUUGGAGGAGGUGCACUUAAUUUCAAAUGGCCUUUCACGCGUACCCACACAACUUGGUCAGUUGAGUAACUUGAAAAAGUUGCGGCUUUCAGACAACGAGAUUCCACGGGCUGUAAUUGAGUUUAAACAAAACACUUUAGAGGUAUUGGAUUUGUCGUAUAACAAAAUUGAAACGAUUCAGUUGUCGUUUCUGGAUGGUCCCACCCAGCUCAAGCAAAUUGAUUUGAGUCAAAAUGAGCUCAAAAGUAUAACAAUGGGACAUUUGGGUCAUGGUAACGGAACUUUCCACAAUAACUUGUAUGAAUUGGAUUUGGCGUAUAAUAUGUUAAUGGGGGAGCAGGUAUUAGCAUUGGUUUCAACGUUGCCAAGAUCUGUUCAAUGCUUAUGGGCUGAUAGUGACACUGGUGGUGUACUUCGUGCUGUCAAUUACUUAUGA